AUGGACACCCGCUCCCGCAUCCCCGUCGGUCCCCCCAUAUCCUCCCCCCUUCCCUCCUACUGGCACAAUCCCAAGUCCCCGUUAGCAAAAACCCAAGAACCCUCUACCGACAGCCCAACCACACCCUAUACACACCUAAUCAUCGGGUCUGGCAUCUCGGGCACCAUGAUCGCAUUCAACAUCUUCAGAUCCUCUCCCUCCGCCCACAUCGCCAUGUUAGAAGCACGGGAAAUCUGUUCCGGUGCCACUGGUCGUAACGGAGGCCACACAAAAGCUGCCAGCUACCUUAGCUACGUCGGUCACGUGCGCGAGCUGGGGAAGCAAGAGGCACUCAAGAUAGCGAGGCUGGAAACUGGGUAUUGA